CUCUAUUCUGUCAGAGUACCUGAGCAUAUACAUCAUACUAUAAUAUCCCGUUACUGUUGAUUACACGCCUACUCGUCAUCAAAAAGUCCGUAUUUUGCGACCUCAUCUUUGCAAACCUUCACGUCUUCCACUAUCACAUUUCACAUCAAAGAUAUCAGAAUGUCAAUUUCAAUGCUACCGGAAUCUUUGAACCAUGCCUGCAAGGCCAACGGCUUCGUCUUUGGCGGCCACAUCGGUCCCCAAACCAAGAAAACGCUGGCGAAGGAAGCCCGUCAGAUCUUGGACGGUGCCAACGCAAAAUGGAUACUCGAUGCUCUGGCCAGCAUGCCCCAAUACUGGGAUGCCAUGGUACAGAAGAUCCCCGAGAUGACGGGCACAAUGGAUGGCGCUAAACUUCUGGCCCAUCUCGAGUCGUGGUUGAGAUUGGGUGACCAGUCUGAGGACCAGAUAGAACCGGAUCAGGAAAUUCCUGAUAUUUGGAUUGGUUUUAUGAUGAUUGCGAUUCAACUCGAUCAGUACUGGCGCUACCUGGAAUUCCGAUUCGACGGCGAGGCUGGACAGCCCAUCGACGACCUGCAAGCUGAAGUGGUGAAAGUUGCGGGCAGCGGCAAAAUCGAGACGGUGGGCUUCUGCGCUGGAAUGAUCGCUGCUGUCGCAGUAGCAAGCUCCCACAAUCGACAGGAGUUCGAGAGGUUCGGUGCCACCGCACUGCGCAUCGGUGUCAUGAUGGCUGCUCUGGUGGGCGCCACUGAGGAAUGGAGUAAGAGCAAGGGAAAAGGAGGAUCUGUCUCUUUGGCGACUGCGUGGAGGACAACUAAGCAAGGCGCCGAUAUGGCGCGUAUUGUUUCCACCAUGUCGCCCGACGCCUAUAUCUCUGUGCUGUUCGAUGAUUCCCGAGCUACCAUCACCACCCAGGAGCGCAUUGCACGUAAGCUUGUAAGACAGCUUCGCGCAGUAGGUGUAACUGCAAUCCCCCUUGCCUUCAAAGGCAAACUGCACACCCCAGGUGAAGAGCGCGCACGCCAUACCGAAGCAUUGAUCGAAAUAUGCCGUUCCAUGCCUGAGCUGCAAUUUCCCGACGCUGCCAAUCUCGCAUUGCCGACUUAUCUUGACCACCCCGAGGGCAAGUCGGUUUCAUGUGAGGAAACCAACUUGGUCGACAAAGUAUUGCGAUCUAUUCUUACGAGUCAAUUGAACUGGUCCAGCACCGUCUCAAAACUUGCGGCUAACAGUGACAACGUCUCGCUCAUUGCCUUCGGCCUCGACCGUCCCAUGGGACCUACGAUUGUACGCGCCAUGGGCCAAAAGCAAGUGCAAUUCGAAGAGAUCGAAGAACAGAUCCCUAAGCGUGCCCGACUGUCACCCACAACCUCCAGUGCCCCGAAACAGACUUCUGCCCCAGAGCCAAAGUCCCCCAGCGUAGAGGCAGAGGACGAGCCUGAAGACGCGAUUGCUAUCGUCGGCAUGUCUCUCAAGGUCGCUGGCGCUGAUGACCUUGGUGAGUUCGAAGAGAUGCUCAAGGAAGGGAAGUCGCAGCACCAGGUCAUCACCAAAGAUCGCAUGACGCACGACAUGCUCUUCCGCGAGGGCGCUGAUGCCGACCCAAAUAGGAAGUGGUUUGGUAAUUUCAUGCGUGACGCCGACGGGUUCGACCACAAGUUCUUCAAGCGCAGUCCGCGCGAGGCGAUGGCCAUCGAUCCUCAGGGGCGUCUCUCCAUGCACGGCGCAUACCAGGCGGUCGAACAGUCUGGAUAUUUCAAUGAAAUGUCGACCAUUACUGCGGCUGAGCAGGAGAGGCGGAAGCAGGUAGGCUGCUACGUCGGACUCUGCUCUUUCGAGUAUGAGAUCAACACCAUCUGCCAUCCAGCUACUGCAUUCACAGGCACCGGGAGUCUAAGGAGUUUCAUUUCUGGUAGAAUGUCACAUUAUUUCGGAUGGACUGGCCCAGCACUCACUGUAGAUACGGCAUGCUCGUCGUCGACCGUCGCUCUCCACACUGCUUGUCGCGAUCUGAUCAAUGGCGAAGUCAGAGCGGCGCUCUGUGGCGGUGUUAACGUCUUGACCAAUCUACAGUGGACGCAAAACCUCAACGCCGGCGGCUUUAUCAGCUCCUCGGGACAAUGCAAACCUUUUGACGCUGACGCUGACGGGUACUGCCGUGGGGAUGGCAUAGCAUAUGUCUUCCUGAAGAAGCUCUCCACUGCAAAGGCCGACGGUAACAUGAUCUUGGGGACCAUCCGCGCCACCGGUAUCAAUCAGAACCUCAACUCGACGCCAUUGUUCGUUCCGAAUGUGCCUUCGCUUUCGACCCUCUUCAAGGACGUCAUCAAAAAGGCCCAAGUGCAACCACGUGAAAUUUCCCUUGUCGAAUGCCACGGCACUGGCACACCCGUUGGAGAUCCCGCGGAGUACGAGAGUGUGCGUCUGGCUGUUGGUGGUGACUUGCGUGACGACGUUGUACCCAUUGGUUCGGUCAAGGGUCAUGUCGGCCACACAGAAGGUGCUGCUGGUCUCAUUUCCCUCAUCAAGGUGCUCACGAUGAUGCGAGAAGGAUUCAUUCCUGCCCAGGCUAGCUUCAACAAGAUGAACCCUCACAUCCAUGCGCAGCCAUCGGACAAAAUGGAGGUUGUCACGACACCACGACCCUGGAAAGGGGAUCGGAAGUACGCCCUCAUUAACAACUACGGCGCCUGCGGAUCGAAUGCCAGCUUGGUACUCUCCCACACGGCUUGCAAGCCUUCCAUAUCUCCCGUAUCCGCCCCAUCAGCACCACGACUCCCUUUCUGGAUCUCAGGCCUCGACCAUCGCAGCAUCGCAGCGUACAGCAGAGUACUAGCUCCCUACCUAAGCUCUCGCGCCGGGCCUGAGGAAGGUCAAGCAACGCUCGCUGAUGUGUCGUUCAAUAUGAAACGGCAGUCGAACCCUAAUUUACCCCAGGCAAUGAUAUUCAGUUGCAAUUCACUGGCCGAGCUACAGGAUAAGCUUUCGGGUGCCUCUGACAGCAUGGGUGUGGGCCUUGCUCCCACCAAACCGGAACGGCCCGUCGUCCUCUGUUUUGGCGGACAGGUCUCCACUUUCGUGGGGUUGGACCCUACACUCUACCACGGUGUCACCGUCUUGCGCCGGUAUAUUGAUGAGUGCAACGACGCUAUCACGUCCCAAGGCCUUGACAGUAUCUUGCCAGAUAUAUUCUCAUGUCAACCUGUUCAGGAUGUCGUCAAGCUUCAGCUUUGUCUCUUUGCUAUGCAAUAUGCGUCGGCCAAAACCUGGUUAGAUUGUGGUCUCGCUGAGAAGGUGGUUGCGGUCGUUGGCCACAGCUUCGGUGAAAUCACAGAACUCUGCGUAUCAGGUGUGCUCAGUCUCGAGGAUACCGUAAAGCUCAUUGCCGGCCGGGCCAAGCUUGUCAAGAAUUGCUGGGGAUCUGAUUCUGGUGCUAUGAUGGCGGUCGAGGCUGACGAGGAGGUUGUCCACGAUCUUUUGAAGGAUGCGAACCUUUCAUCCGACGGUUCGGCUAGCAUUGCCUGCUACAACGGCCCUCGCAGCUUCACUCUCGCAGGUUCGACUGAAGCUAUCGAGGAAGUAGCCAAAAUUCUGGAGGACGGUAGCAAAUUCCAAGGCGUCAGGAGCAAGCGCCUUAACGUUACCAAUGCCUUCCACUCGUCCCUGGUACAGCCUCUUGUAGCCGACUUGGGCGAGAUUGGCAAGACACUGACAUUUAAUGACCCCGUCAUACCGAUCGAAAGCGCCACAGAGCACGAAGUUGGAGCGCCCUUGGACUGGAGCUUUGUCGGUUCCCACAUGCGGCAACCAGUCUUCUUCAACCACGCUGUCCAACGCCUAGUCAAAAAGUACCCCCAAGCCAUCUUUCUUGAGGCCGGUUCCAAUUCGACCAUCACCAUCAUGGCAUCUCGUGCACUCGCGGCUGCAGGACUCACCACUCCCGAGUCUCACCACUUUCAGUCCGUCUCCAUUACUAACACCACCAAGGGGAUGGAUGGGCUCACAGAUGCAACUGUCAGUCUCUGGAAGCAGGGUCUACGUGUAAACUUCUGGGCACAUCACACGACGCAGACUGACAACUACGCGCAACUUCUUCUUCCACCCUACCAGUUCGAAAGAUCGCGCCAUUGGCUUGAGGUUAAGUCACCUUUGGAGCAGGCCAAGAAAAUUGCUCAGAAGAUGAUCGAAGACGGGGCUGUGGUUGCAAAAUCCACACAGAUGGCCCCCGACGCACAGGAAGGACUUAAGAGCCUUGGACCAUGGACAUUUAUGGGCUUCCAGAACGGCGGCAGCGAGAAGAAACCCACGAAGCUUGCCCGCUUCCGGAUCAACACUACUUCUGCUAAAUAUCAAAGCUUGUUCGCUACCCAUGUCAUCGCCCAGACAGCUCCCAUUUGCCCCGCUACUCUUGAGAUUGAUAUGGCCAUCGAGACUCUCUAUAGCUUGAACCAAGACUGGAAAGCGAAUGGUUUUUCGCCUAUCGUACGGGACAUGCUCAGCCAUUCACCCAUCUGCGCCGACUCUACGCGUACCUUCUAUCUCGAUCUCGAGCCAGUCAACAAAGCCGAGACGGAAUGGCGUUUUAUGAUCCACAGUGUCAGUAACUCGAGUUCCGGCCACCCAGACAAACACGCCGAGGGACGUAUCACAAUGUCCAGCCCCUCUGCGCCGGCAUUCACUCGGGAAUUCUCACGGUACGAGCGAGUUGUCAACUACGCCCAGUGCGAAUCCGUUUUGAACUUGGGACCCGGCGACGAAGGCGUCGAUGCACUCCAGGGCCGCAACGUGUACCGCGCCUUCAAGGAAGUCUGCGACUUUGGGCCCGUGUACGAAGGUGUAAAGUACGUGGUGGGCCGCGAUGGCGAGAGUGCUGGUAUUGUGCGCAAGCGACAUACCGGCGACACCUGGCUCGAUGUACCCAAAGCCGAUUCCUUCGGGCAGGUUGCAGGCAUGUAUGUCAACCUACUCACCGAUCUUCCUGCCAGCGACAUGUUUGUCGCUACUGGUCUUGAGAUGGUUAUGCGUUCGCCCAAGAUCCAGACUGUGACCGACGGCAAGGAACACGGCUCUGGUGUUUGGCAUGUGCUCGCUCGCCACCAGCGCGAAAACGAGAAAUCGUUUACCACAGAUGUCUUCAUCUUCGACGCAGAAACGCGCACCCUCGCUGAGGUCAUCUUAGGACUUCGCUACGUCCGCAUCGCCAAAGCAACGAUGAGCAAGAUUCUGGCGCGCACGACUGCAGACAAAUCGUUUGUCAGGGGCACCGCGCCAUCAUUUCCCCCUUCUGCACCCCAAAUUCGCCAGGAGGCUGCUAAUUCUCCUAUGCCACGAGAGGUUCGGCCUAGGAUUAUGGAAAAGUCCGAGAACAAGCAGCCUAAGUCUGUCGGUGGUGCAUACGACAUCACGGACGAUGUGCGCAACAUUGUCGCCAAUGUUUCCGGCAUCGACGUCAGCGAGUUCAAGCUUGACAGUGAAUUGGCCGAUCUAGGCAUCGAUUCAUUGAUGGGCAUGGAGUUAGCACGCGAGAUCGAGAACACCUUCAAAUGUACGCUCGAUCAGAAUGAGCAGAUGAAGGCUACCAGUAUUCGUCAAUUUGUCGACUGUGUCAAGAGUGCCGUGGCACAGACCCAGAGUGUGCCGAACGGGCAACAGCAGGAUAGUGAUGAAGAUGAUGACGAGAGUAGUAUCAACGACAAUGUGUUCACGGAUCAGAGCGACGACGCAUCUUCCGUCAUCUCUUUCUCUGACUCCGUAUCGCACGGUUCCAUCAAAAGUGCAGUGGAAGCAGCAGCAAAAACAAAUACUGUGCUUAGGAAGACGGAUGUGGCUGCACGAGCGGCAGAGGCAGUACGGCUAACGAACCUGUAUACAGCAGGAUGGGAAUCGCCAGGACUGAAGGCAGCGGAGCACCGUACAGCCAGCAACCGUCCCUCCAGUAAUGUUGGUCCCGCGGUCAUCGUAACUGGCGCUUCUGGUAGUUUGGGGGCUCAUCUUGUCCAGGCUCUCGCCGAGCGUGAAGAUGUCUCGCAUGUUGUGUGCAUGAAUCGCCCAGUCAGCAAUGUGGCCGCGAGGAAGAGACAACUUGAUGCUCUGACCACGCGAGGCAUCGAACUGUCUCCUACCGCGUUGGCCAAAUUGCGAGUAUAUGACACUGACACUUCGAAGCCUCAGCUCGGUCUUCCGGCCCAGGAGUUCACCUGGCUAGUCGAGCACGGUACCCAUCUCAUUCAUAAUGCCUGGCCUAUGAGUGCAAUACGGCCUCUCAGGGCCUUCGAACCCCAAAUUAAGACUAUGAGGAAUCUACUCGAUCUUGCGCGCGACAUGGCCAUAAGCGCGGCGCCCCGUAAGAUUGGAUUCCAGUACGUCUCAUCUAUCGGGGUGGUUGGCUUCUCCGGUGAGCGGGUCGAUGUUCCGGAACAAUUUGUUCCAAUGGACUCGGUCAUCCCAAGUGGUUACAAUGAGGGCAAAUGGGUAUGUGAGCGGAUGCUAGACGAGACUAUGCGCCGGCACCCCCGUCUCUUCCGCGCGUCUGCUUGCCGCCCAGGUCAGAUCUCAGGGUCUACCAAGAGCGGUGUUUGGAACCCAGUCGAACACUUCCCAUUUAUCCUCAAGAGCGCUCAGGCACUGAAAUCCUGGCCAGAUCUGCCAGGUACGCUGCAUUGGCUUCCCGUCAACAAAUCCGCUGCCGUCAUGGUCGACCUGCUCAAACUCGAUUGCUACGCGGACAUAUCGGAACCAGAUGCCCACCCAGUCUACCAUAUCGACAACCCUGUCGGCCAGCCAUGGAACAAAAUGUCGUCCAUUCUCGCUCCUGCCUUGAGCAUUUCUCCAGAGAACAUUGUCCCCUUCGAGGAAUGGGUAAGGCGUGUUCGCGAGUCCAAUCUCCCCGACUCAGAAAAUCCUGCCGCCCGCGCCAUUGCAUUCCUAGAGCAACACUUCCGCCGCAUGGCUACAGGCGGUAUCGUUCUUGACACUACGAUGGUCAGCCAGCAUUCUCCGACUAUGGCUGCUGAGGGACCGGUCCCUGAUGUGGUCGUCAUGUCAUAUAUCAAAGCGUGGAAGGAGAUGGGGUUUUUGCAGUAGAUACCGC